GGUCCCUUGGAAGUGCAUCCUCUUUGGAGAAAGAUGCGGCAGUUUCAUUUCUGGUGCAGCUUGGAGCAGUACAAAUCGCCAUCCAGUGUGGCAGUCAACAGAUAGCUUCUCAGAAACAAGUAUCCAUUCACUUUGGCGACGAACAGCACAUUGAGACAGAACAUGGUGUGGCUCAGCCAGUACAGACUGAGGAUACUGUCCCUAUUAGAGAGAAAUUGGUUACUCCGGCUACUGUUUCACAACACCAAGAUUCCAAGGAGGUACAGAUCGAUUACGAUGAUGACGAGGAUAAUUCUUAUGCUGCAUGGAUGACAGAACCUGAUGAUGGAGAUGACAAUGACACCCAAACAUCAGGCGCACCGCAAAAGUGGUAGAAAGUGACUGCCCAAGUUCAACUCGCCAGCCGAGGGAGGGACACCCAUGCCCAGAUUGCCAUGUAAUCUUAAACAGCACAUGGGACUUAGAUCUGCACAGAUUGCAUGAUUGUACAGCGUCAAAGAUUUUCAUUCGGCAUGUACCGGUAUACAAUUGUGACCAAUGCAGGAAGUCGUUUCGUAGAAGGGCUUUAAUGGUUGCCCACUUACGCAAAGUUCAUGAUAACAACAUGACUCAUUCUGAAAUAGUGGAGAAACUUGAGGAACUGAAAAGUACAGAAAGGCAAACAAAAGGAAAUAAAGAUGAAAAAUGUCUUCCAUCUGAGACAAAAGCCCUGAAACGUCCAGGCCUCAGAGAAGGACGAGGGAAAACAACAAAGAAGAAGGUCGCAGGGAGCAAGAAAAGAGAUGAUGGAGAUAUGCAGGAAAUGAAACAACAAACAAAAAGCAAUGCCCCUCAGCUUUCCAAGAGACUUUGUAUCCGUUUGAAUAAGGGGUGGAUAAAGAUUCUCGAAAGUGAAAGAUGGAACGAUGAACCCCAAGGUCAAGGGAAUACUGCAGAGCAAGUUGAAAAAGGAUGAAGAAGACCUCAUUCUAACGAGACAGGUAGAACUUGUAAUAGAAGAUGGA